ACUCAUUACACCUUCCAUCAAUAAACAUCAAACACAAACCAAAGACAACUUGAGUAACCAAACCAAAGACUAAAAAUGGCCAAAGCUCUUCACAUAACCAUCUUUCUCUUCCUCAUAUCCUCCAAUCUCCUCGCAUUUAUCAACUCCGCCAGACUUCUUGACGAGAUCCAACCUCAGCCUCAGUUAGUCCCUACCGGCCAAAUCCCCACUGUGGCUCCAACCGAAGCUGAGGAGGAGGAUGGAACCGAUGACAACCCAGGACUAGCAACCACAACCACAACUGCAUCAGCAGUUACAGUCCCAGCCGGUCCAGCAGAGGCUACAGAGCCAUUACUAGAGUUCUUUAUGCAUGACGUGCUAGGCGGAUCUCACCCAUCAGCUCGUGUGGUUACAGGUAUAGUAGCUCAAACUGAAGUGAACGGAAUACCAUUCUCAAAGGCCAGUAACAGCAUUUUCCCGGUUGACAAUGGAGUCCCACUGGUCAACUCAAACAACAUCAACAGUGUCAUUAACCCAAACACAGCUCCACUUCUCACCGGACUUGGCGGUGCUCAAACCUCCACCGUCAUCCAAAACACUAACGGAAAUUCCAACGAUGCCCUUAGCGCCAACAGUCUCCCUUUUGUAACUGCCGGGAACCUUCCUCCCGGUGCUGCCCUCCAGCAUCUCAUGUUCGGAACCAUAACCGUUGUAGAUGAUGAGCUAACCGAAAGCCACGAGCUUGGCUCAGCCGUUAUAGGGAGAGCUCAAGGCUUUUACUUGGCCAGUUCCCUGGACGGAACAAGUCAGACUCUUUCUCUGACUGUAUUGCUACAUGGUGAGCAUGACCAGCAUGACACUUUAGACGAUGCCAUUAGUUUCUUUGGGGUUCACAGAACCGCCUCUCAUGCCUCCCAGAUCGCGGUUAUAGGCGGGACCGGGAAGUUUGAACACGCCAAAGGGUAUGCCAUAGUGGAAACUCUGCAUAACCAGGACAACCAGCAUAUCACUGAUGGUCAAGACACCAUCCUCCAUUUCAGUGUAUACCUUACCUACAAAGCUUGAAGAGAAAAUGAGUGUUAAAACAAGAAAUGAUUGCUUUUUUAUAUGUUCUUGCUCACUAGCUUCCGCUUGGGGCCUUUUUCCUUUGUUGCGCAAAUUUGAUUUCUAAAGAAAUUUAUUUAAAUGAGACUGUUUCAAUCAAAA